AAUAAAUACAGUGAAUAUCUCACCGUUGUUAUGUGCUCUCUGACAUCAGUAUCUCAUCAGCAGGUUGUGCCUGAACGUGAUAUACGAAAUCAUUUUGGGAGAUGUCCAGUGAGAGUGUGCGAUGUGAACAGUUCAAAGCCCAACCUCCUGCUCCACCUCAGAACAUGGACAUGGUUUCCCCAUGUGCCUCAGAACACCAGUGUAGCGUGGAAGGAAAAUGGCAGAGACAACAGAGACCGUCAGUGCUGCGUCAAGUUUUUCAAACACCGUCCAGGCAAAAAAAUGAAAAUAAUGCAACCUUCUCCAUUUGCGAGGAAGAGGUGGAUGGAUGGUGUUUUCCCCAGUCCCCUUCACCACCAAGGGCUUCCUUUCUCAGGCAAAGCCAUCACAAGAUCCCUUUGACGACAGAUGGUCCAACACAGAGCUCCAUCGAGGCCAGAAUUCAUGAUGGCAUCUCUGAGGGGGCCAGUGCUCUGUUUGUGAGUGGCCUAUGUCGCUGGCCCGGCUGUGAGGCUUUGUCUACCGAUUUUCCGAGCUUCUUAAAGCAUCUCCAUUCUGAACACAGUCAUGGUGACAGAAGUAUUGCUCAGUGCAGGGUCCAGGAGGAUAUUGUCCAGUGUAUGGAGAGUCAGCUCAUCCUGGAAAAACAGAAACUAUUUGCAAUGCAACUUCAUCUACACCUCUCUGAACUCAAACACACUGGCUUGAGGACAGAUUCUGAGUGGCCACACAGCCUUCCUCUGUUCCUCCCACAGCCUCACGUGGCAGAUGGAGACAGGAGAGGGCAACAGUGGUGCAUGAAACAGCUGGGGGAGUUAUCCCAGCAUGGCUACAGAACUACUGCUUCUGCCAGCCUGCUGCCAGAUUUGGUCCCCAGCAUUGAAUAUUACAAAUACAAAAACAUCAGGCCUCCAUACACCUAUGCCUUCUUGAUAAGAUUGUCCAUCGUGGAGUCUCCAGAAAAACAGCUCACACUUAAUGAGAUUUACAACUGGUUUACCACAAUGUUCUUCUACUUCAGACACAACACUGCUACCUGGAAGAACUCUCCUGUUGUCUCCAGAAUGCUGUGCGUCACAACCUCAGCCUACACAAGUGUUUUGUACGAGUGGAGGGAGGAAAGGGGGCUGUGUGGACAGUCGAUGAAACCGAGUACCAGAGAAGGAGGGGACAGAAGUAUCACAGGGACUGUCCGGUCAAGUGGCUCACAUCCUUCUCCCAUUAUUGUCCAGUGGACCCCUGAAGACCAGCAGAUGGCAGUACAAUGCUGCUGGCGUAAUCGAUGUUUGCAGCAGUGUUCACAUGUCCAUUUCUACUUUGUAUUAUUUUCAAAUUACUUAUUAAAUAUUGCUAUGUUGUUUGUUACAUAAUUAUAUUAAUUAUAAUAUAAUUAUUGUUACAUAAUUAUAUUUUAUAUUUCAUAAUUAAAUCGACAGCUGUUGUCAUACUCACUGAUUUCUAAUUCAAAAGAAAUGUUGUUUAGUAACAUAUGAGGCUGACAUUUGUGGCUGUUUUGUCCUCAGCCUGAUUUUAUCCAUUCAUGAACUAGUUGUUUUAUUCAGUCAGUAAAUAAAAUAAAAUCAUGAGCAGAGAACAUCCUCCUACACUACGUCAUCUGUUUUUUAAAUAUUCUCUGAUCCUGACUGAUCAAAUUGAUCUCUUAUCAAAUUGAAAUUGGACAUGAACCACUGAAAUUCUAUUUCCUUUUGCACACAAAAACCCCAAAUAUUUCAAAAGGUAACUGCAUAUUAUUGCGACACAUUGUUCUAUGAUGACAUUUUAUAAUAAAUAUAAAAUUUUGAUUUCCUAAUUCCACUGGUCACAUUUAGUGUUGCAGUAUUUGUGGCAGCAUAGUUUACAUUUACCUGACCUUGAGAAUGAUCACUUCCCCUGUCGGUGGAUUUGUGGUACUGCAACCGAAUUCAAUAUUCAUUCUUGUGUGUGGUUUCACAGCAUUUGGAUUGGAACACAAUCCUAAUGAUUCUCAAAAAUUCUUAGGAAUUGUAUAUUUGACCUUCAAUUAAUUCAUGAAUUAAUCCUCAAUUACCCAGGAACUCUUAGCUUUUAGGUUAACAUUUACUGCAGAUUAGUUAAAUAACCUCAAAAUGUAUGUAAGAAUGGCAGAUAACAAAAGAAUGUACAAAAAGUCUAACAGCCUAAAAUGACUUGAUUUAUAUUUAAUGUGAUAUUUGGCUCAAAUAUAUCAAAAUAAGAUAUUGAUGACAAAUAUAACUAUAUUUGAGCUCUAUAAUAUGUAUAUGUUGUUAUCUUAUUCAUUAUGAAUUAUAUAAGAUAUACAAAUACCUUUUCUGACUUAUCAGUUUCUACAUCAGGAUUCACUAGUUCUGAAGCUUAACAAAAUGUGCAAAUAUAAUCAUGAUAAAUGUGGCUUAGAGAUAAAAAAAACAAUAGCUACACGUGAUGUGGCAGUCAGCUUCAGUAAAGCAGAGACUUGAGGAUCAAUUAACAAAGGUUGAAUGAAAGGUGGCAGAAGCAAUGGGAGGAAGACAGGGAAGGAACGAUGGUUUUACCAAAUUCAAUGUACAGUGGGAGAAAUGAGACAGGAAACAGGAGCGAAGAAACAAUAGUAUCAAGUCUCAGAUUUGGACACAGGACUAAACAGUACUUUGCAAAAAAUAGAAAAACACGAUACAGGAGAACGUGAUUAUUGUGGGCAAGAGGAAACAGUUCAUCAUGUCAUAGUAAACUGUCAGAAAUGUAUGGAAGUAAAUCAGUCUCAUCAGAUUAUGAAAUUUUAAGGCCUUGGAAUUUCUAGCACUGAAUUUUUUUACGUUGAAGUUAUGCAUUUGUAUUUUUUGCCACUGAAUUUCAGUCUUCAAAAUUCCAAAGUAUAAUAUUCAACUGCUAAAAUUCAGAUUAAACAUCCGGGAUACCAGGAAAAGCAAUCGAUAGUCUGUUAUCGAACCAAACCUCAUGCUGGUUUGAUGCCAUGGCCGGUCUAGUAGCGUAGCUGACAAUAUGGCGCUUCUCGUUGUCACAAGCAUCACCUGACGUCACAUGACCACUGACACAUGACCUGAUUGGUCGGAGGUUUGGUUCGAAUUGAGACUAUCGAUUGCUUUUCCUGGUAUCCCGGAUGUUUAAUCUGAAUUUUUGCAACUGAAUUUUAGCAGUUGAAUAUUAUACUUUAACUACUUCAACGCAAACAAAUUCAGUGCUAUAAAUUCAAAGGCUUUAAAAUUUCUAAAUCUGAUGAGACUGAUUUACUUCCAUAGAAAUAUGAUUCAGCUAAUUGUAAAGCUUUCAUGUUUGUUAGUUUAGAGGAGGAAGUUCUUGGUCAUAUGGUCACUGUGGGCUGACCCAGACUUCCUCAUCCUUUUGUUAUUUUUGGCUAGACCUCCAGACUCCCAUAGUUUUGGUAAAUCUUGGUAGUUAGUUUAUUUUACAUUUUGUAAAUAAACUUUAUCUUGUGUUUAAACUCGGUA